GGUAGAGAGUAGGGGCCCCACGAGGCCACACUCCACGCUCUACACUCCAAACUCUAGUGGGGUAAGGACGGGGACGGCCUCUCGGUUUUCGGCUCAAUAAACGACGUCGGACUGCGCCGGCCCGGCAUCAUCAGAACUCGGCCGCCGACGCGGAAUGGCGUUCGCCUCGGGGCUGCAUCGGAAUCUUCAAUCCGACAGACGGACCGGAUAUGUGAAGGAUGGAAGUGCUGGAGAAGAGCAGGAGUAAUCAUUCCGGUCUAUCCAUAGCCCUGGAAGCGACUCCAGAAGAUAUGCCUGCCGAAGACACCCAGCUCUCCAUCACUGAUGUGGUCGACCUCUUGGAACAACAAAAUGCCAUCAUUACAGGUGGAAAAACAAGGGAAGGAUACCCGAUCAUCACUCUUCCAGACUUGUCGAACUUUUCUACCAUGAGCGAUUUGGACUAUCAAAAGCUAAUGAUGUAUCUUACCUCAGUGCCUUCAAUGCAUGAAGCAGAUUUAGGUUUUGCAUUAGUCAUCGACCGAAGAAAUGAUAAGUGGAGUUCGGUAAAAAGUACCCUUUUAAAAAUCUCGAGUUUUUUUCCAGGGUUAAUUCACAUAGCAUACGUCAUCCGCCCGGCAGGUUUCUUCCAGAAAGCAAUAUCUGAAGUUAGCACGAAAUUUUUUAGAGAAGAAUUUAAAUUUAAAGUCGUAGUUUGCAGUUGUGUAGAAGAUCUUCAUCAAUUUAUAGAAAAGAGUGAGUUAAUAAAAGAAAUGGAUGGAACUAUGCCAUACAGUCACAAACAAUGGAUUAAACAACGAAUUGGUUUAGAGGAGUUUUCCAGACAGACUCAAACUGUGUCUGGAAGCCUGAACAAAUUCACCUGGAGGCUGCGAGAGGGUAUUUGCGAAGCGGAGGCUUACGAAACAGAAAUGGUACAAGCGAUGCUUAAAUCCGAAACAAACGACUACCUCGCCCUCAAGGAGCAGAUAUUAAGUGCAGCAAGAACAGGCGAACAGCUCUUAAGCGACAUAAGACACAGGAUGGAACCCUCGGCCAUCGUCAACAUAACUGCUGUUGAACGACUGCUUGUCCAGCUUGAAGAAACCGAAAGGACCUUCGACGAAUUCUGGGAAGAGCACUCAGCUAAACUCAGACAGUGUCUUGACGUACAAAGGUUUUACAUUGAUUACAAAAAGAUACAGGCUAACCUGGAACAACACUCAAAAGUUGUUUCCCAGAUGACAGAAAUCGGCGAGACUGUUAAGCGUGUUGAGUACCUCAUCUUAGAAUUCAACACCAUCGAAAAAUUAUGCGUGGAGGAUAUAGAACAUAGCGAAGAAAUUGUAAAUUUUGGUCGGUCGUUGAUCAGCGGGCGGCAUUACUGGCCUUUGGAAUGUGUGGGUGUGAGAUGUGAUGAAUUGGACAGAACUUGUGCCACUCUGCGAGACAGACUGGCACAAAGAUCUGAAAUACUUCACAAAUCUCUUCAACUACAAAUUUCUGUUGAUAAGGCUAACAAAUGGUGCACAAGAGGCAUCGAGCUUUUGGAGGCGCGUCAGAUUGACAAUUGUGCAUGUGCGCUUGAUGCAGCUGAAGUUUCUCUUUCAAAGCUUGUUGAGUUUAUGGAAGGAUCGGAACAGUUCCACUCUGUACUUGUUGAAUUUGCAACGCCCGAAACUAAAGCUUUAGUCUCACAGGUGCUCCAAAGGAUUGAGGAUGUCAAAACGAUGUGCAACAAGAGGAUGGUGACGUUGAGAAGGCUCGUGGAAAAACCACCAAGACCUGUUCAACCUGUCAUACCUGAGCCAGCCAUCCCGCUGCAACCGGUUAUUAAACCUGCCAACAUAAAUUUGAACAACAAAGCGGAAACUAAAAACUGUGAAAUUAAAGAUUCCACUCUAGAAAAAGAUCAGGAGGUGAAACGAGGUCACAUAUUAAGUGAAUUACUUGAAACAGAAAGGAUUUAUGUCAAUGAAUUAGGUUCAAUCAUACAGGGUUACAAAGUACCUCUACUGUCUAAAGAAGCGGCAGAAUUUGCUCCAGAAUUGGAUGGAAAAGUUGAAGUAAUGUUUGGCAAUUUUGAGGAGAUAUAUACAUUUCACAAUGACAUAUUCCUCCAAGAUCUUGAAAAUUGCAUUUCAACGACUGAACUUGUAGCGCUUUGCUUUACUCACCGGAGAGAUGCAUUGCAUAAAUUAUACAGUACAUACUGUCAGAAUAUAGCAAGGUCUGAGAGAUUCAGGGAAAGCAUAGGGGAUCACGUCUUCCUUAAGGCCUGUCAGACUAAAUUGGGCCAUAAACUUCCUCUCGCUGCUUACCUACUCAAACCUGUUCAAAGAAUAACAAAGUAUCAGCUUUUGCUCAAGGAAUUGCUCAGUUAUAGUGAAGGUAAAAAAUGGUGCAAUGAACUUCAAGAAGCGCUUGAAUGUAUGUUGGUCGUUUUAAAAUGUGUUAACGAUAGUAUGCAUCAGCUUGCUGUUACAAACUUUUGGGGAGAUCUUGGAGAUCUUGGUGACCUUUUAAUGCAAGGAGGAUUUUCGGUUUGGACUGAAAAUAAAAAGGACAGAUGGGGAGAGCUCAGACUGAAACCAAUGCAAAGUCAUCUAUUCCUUUAUCAGAAAGCACUGAUGUUCUGUAAAAAGACUGACUCGCACAAUAAAGAGACAUACCUCUUUAAAAAACUCAUCAUGAUGAGUGACGUUGGUUUGACUGAAACUGUGAAAGGUGAUGGUCGGACAUUUGAGAUUUGGCUAACAGGUAGAAGCGAAGUGCAUAGAAUAAAAGCAGCAAACCAAGAACAGAAGGCUGCAUGGGUCGAGCAGAUCAAAACAUUGCUUCUUCAGCAGCUAACACAACUCAAAUUGAAACAACACACAACAAGCAAGCAAAACCGAUCUAUGUCUUUGGAUCAUUAUCAUGUAAGAGAUUCGGUAAGGGGCUUGAGCUGUGAUGAUGUCAAACCAAAGGCUGCACCAUCUGAUGAUGACAUCGCAUCGUAUUCUGACUGUUCGAAUCCUGAUGAUGAGGAAACUUUUCCAAACCAAGUUAACCAAGAUCAGACCAUUAUAAUACCUUACAGUCAAGGAUCAAGAUACAGGGUGCUUGCUGAUUACAAUGCAGUAGGUCACAGUGAACUCAGCGUGCACGAAGGUGAUUUGGUAACUUUACUUAAAGUUGGUCUGGCUGGCUGGUGGUAUGUCAGACUUUACGGUGUGAGUGAGGGGUCGAGACGAGAGGGAUGGGUCCCAGCUGCGUAUCUUGAGCACUGUGCCCGCAAAUCAUCCCGCAGCUGUCAAUCUGUUUGUAGCGACACUUCUUCGCACUAGCACAAUCUUACGUUCUCCCCUCGGGAGAUUUUAGCACCAAAACUUAUAUGGCUAGUGAUCAGACUGAGAUUUUUUUACACUAUUUUGGAUAUGAAGGAAAGUUCCCAGGGUAAAAACGGCAAGGAUUGGAUAUUGAAAGAAGGGUUUAUUAUAUUUUUACCCUAUGUUACCUCAAUGUUAUUAUUUUAUUUUUACUAAUGUUGUUGUAAAUAAUUAAUUGUUAUUUAAAAAAAAUGGCUUUGUAAAUAUGUUGGAGCUUUAAUUAAUUGUACAUUUGCUAUUUUUAUAAGUUUAAUAAUAGAUUUCAGCACUGAAAUUUACUUUUAGAUUUUUAAUAAAGCACUGAGUGGAAUUAGCAGGAAGGCCUAGAAAAGUGUUAAUGACGACGGAACUUAAAUCUUAAAUGUGACUAAACCUGAGCAAAUGCUGAGACAAAAAAAUAAUCUGCCAAAUCUGGUUUCUUCGUAUUACUUUAAUUAUAAUAUGAAAGUUAGUUAAUUAGUAAUUAGUUAUAAUUAUUAAACUUAUUCGUUAUAUAUAAUCACUUUGAUAAUAUUAUUGUAAAAUAUUUAAAGUGCAUAAUAAUGUAUUAUAAAUUGGUUCCAAAUUAAGACUAAACUAAUAAUUUUUCACAGUGAAAAUUUUUUAUAGUGCGUAUAAACUGUAGAAAGCUUAGUAAAUAAAAUGAAUGUCAAUUUUAGACCAAUAAAUGGUCUAGAUGCAAGAUUGUUCUAUUAAAAUUCUUGAUCAAUUACAAGGUUAGACUUUUUUGUUAAUAUAUAUCACAAAUGCUCAAAGUAUUAAUUCAGAUGAGUACAGGGAUUAGUACCUAAAAGUAUACUUUUUAUUUGUUUUAACAUGUUACUAUGAUGAUGACCAAAGAAAUAGUUUUGACGAGGGCGAUAUUAAAACCUACUUGAAAGAAAAGGUCAAAAGUACUAAAUAAAUGAUUUAUACAAACUAUUAUUUAUUUACAGGGAUGCGAGAAAGGAUACUUAUUUUAAUAUUGUACAGUUUAAUUAGUGACCAUUUGCAGCUACAAACCAAAGAAAUGUGUAAUAUAAAUUAUAAAAUGCCUGGGACAUCAGACCUUCUAAUUAAGUUUAUUGCGUUGUAGUUUGUUUAAUUUAAAAUAAAUAAAAAUCCUUUUAAAAGUUCCUUCUUAACUAGCCUUUUAAAGGUUGAAUUUCAUGACAUGAUUUAAAUAUUUCAUUUACGGUUUUUAUGCACUUUAAAUAUGACUAAUGUUAAGGGUUAGUAUCAUAUGAUAUAAAUUUAGAUGAUUGAUUAACCGAGUAUAAUGUAGCUGUUGCAAAUGAAAAUGGCCUUUCUGUGGGAUCAAUUCCUGCACGUUACUCAAAAGUAAACCGAAACUUAAAUAAGCCGCAAGUAUAUUUCAGGAAUAUAAUAACCCAGGGUAUUCAAUGACAUUAGAUAAGGUUAAAUCCUGCAUUUCCAAAAGUGAUGCUACUUACAUUUAAGAUUAGAAAUUUUGGAAUAAUUAGGUGUUUAAGGGUUGAAAAUGUGACAAAACAAUACAAUAUAAUCAUGUCUUCCUAAAGAAAUGACACAAUAAAAAUUUGAAAAAUGCCAUUUUUUAUAGAACUAGUUGUUAUCGGAACAUGUAUUUGCAACGUUUUGUCUUCAGUUGCUGAAUACCUGGGUUCUUAAUGUUUCGUUAUAUUCUUGAUUUUUUUAAUAUUUUUUAUUUGUUAUUUAUAACUUAUUAUACUACUUCAGUAACAUCAAAUGAAAGAAAGAAAAUUUGAAUUAGAACAAAUUUUUAAAAUAUAAUUUCAAAUUUUCAAAAACUCACCAUUAAAUUUACCAUUUUUGUUAAUUUUCAAAUUAAACAAAAUUAAUUGCUAUGUUUGACAUUACCAACUAGAAAGUUUUUAGAUUGACAAUGUGGCUUUCAAUUACUGUGUACUUUUUUUUAGUGUCAUAUAGGUUUAUGAGUCGUUUUGACUUUCAACAGAUGUUUGUUCCUUAACCAGGUACUCAGAAGAGAAUUAUUGUAUUUUUUAGACUAUCAGACGUUUUAACUUUUGUACCCAAACAUUUGUAUCUUGUUAUAAUUAAGGAAAUAUAAAUAGCAUUAAAAAAAAAAAAAUGUAAUCAUGACAAUAUACUCUUACCGUUCUUGAA